UCCUGUGCCCGCCCCGCCCGCGCCCGCCCGGCCGCCGUCUCCGCCCGUCGCUGGCUCCGCGGCCGCCGGCUCCGACGAAGCCGAGGGCGGAGGGGAGGGGCAGGCGGCGCCCAGGAGGGAGGCACGGGCCGCAGGCCAAGCGGACCGGGGUCACAAUUUGGGUUUGCAGCAAAAAUGCUCUCAGAGCAGACAGCAGUCCUGGGGACAGGAUGGGAGUCAAUGAAUGUCCAGCUGGAUGGAGCAGAGCCUCAGGUGGAAAGGGGAAGCCAAGAAGAGGGGCCAUGGAGAAUAGCACCAGGGCCACUGGAACACCUGUGCUGUGACCUUGAAGAGGAACCACAGUCCCUUCAGGAGAAGGCUCAGUCAGCUCCCUGGGUUCCUGCCAUUCCCCAGGAGGGGAGCACCGGAGAUUGGGAGAUGGCAGCUGCACUUCUUGCGGCAGGAUCACAGGGCCUGGUGACUAUCAAGGAUGUGUCAUUGUGCUUCUCUCAGGAGGAGUGGCGGAGCCUGGACCCUUCUCAGACAGACUUUUAUGGAGAAUAUGUCAUGCAAGAAAACUGUGGCAUAGUGGUCUCUCUAAGAUUUCCAAUUCCCAAACUGGACAUGCUUUCUCAGCUAGAAGGAGGGGAAGAACAAUGGGUCCCUGACCCCCAGGACUUGGAGGAGAGGGACAUCCUGAGGGUCACAUACACAGGAGAUGGAAGUGAGCACGAGGGCGAUACCCCUGAACUAGAAGCAGAACCUCCCCGAAUGUUAUCUAGUGUGUCUGAAGAUACUGUUCUAUGGAACCCAGAACAGGAUGAGAGCUGGGAUUCCAUGCCCAGGAGCUCCAGAGGAAUGCUCCUGGGCCCACCUUUUCUUCAGGAAGAUAGCUUCUCAAACCUUCUAUGUAGCACAGAGAUGGAUUCCCUUUUAAGACCGCACACAUGCCCCCAGUGUGGGAAACAGUUUGUGUGGGGCUCCCACCUUGCCAGGCACCAGCAAACACACACUGGGGAGCGGCCCUACAGCUGCCUCAAGUGUGAAAAGAGCUUCGGGCGAAGACACCACCUGAUCCGGCACCAGAAAACCCACCUACAUGACAAGCCCAGCAGGUGCUCAGAGUGUGGCAAGAAUUUCCGAUGCAACUCCCAUCUGGCCAGCCACCAGAGAGUGCAUAUGGAAGGCAAAUCCUGCAAGGGUCAAGAGGUUGGAGAGAGCCCAGGGGCCAGGAAACGGCAGCGUGCCCCACCAGUGCCAAAGUGCCAUGUGUGCACUGAGUGUGGGAAGAGCUUUGGCCGACGGCACCAUCUGGUAAGACACUGGCUGACCCAUACUGGGGAGAAGCCCUUCCAAUGCCCUCGCUGUGAAAAGAGCUUUGGCCGUAAACAUCACCUGGACAGGCACCUGCUGACCCACCAGGGACAGAGUCCCCGGAGCAGCUGGGACAGAGGGACAUCUGUCUUUUGAAAUCUGUUUCUGCUGCAGCUGUGGUCACAUCUAUCAGCAGCUGGUGCUACCAGGAGACUCUGCCAGAACUGCCCCUCUCCUGCACCCCAGUGGCCAGAAUCAUGAUCCCUGGCUCCAUCCCUAGAAAGAGGAGGUUCUAACAUUGGCCAGACAUUUCUCACCAGUUCUGUGAGAUAGCACAUAAAAUGGAGUUCUUUGGGCAAAACUUUGAGGAAACAGUGCUUACUGCAUGGGCUGAUAUUCAGCCCUAGCCCAUUAUCAAGGGUACCACUUGAGAAUCAGCACUUUAUUGCUGUGGUCCAUUCUAAGUGGUUGGAACCUAUGCCAUACCAGUUAAACAUUUGAGUAACACCUUUGUGUACUGUAACUAUUCUAUCCUUUCUGUAUAUAGAGAGGAAGACCAUAUUAGUAUAUUGAAGGCUCUAAGAACUUACGUGUACAGAGAAUUGUUAAACACUUCUGACGCAGUGUUUCCUAAAUGUGUUUGACCUCAGCGUCCUUUCUAUCUCACAUCCCACAGAACUGGUGACUUCACGAAACACACUGGUGAACACUGGGUUAGAGGGUAAUGAGGAAACAGGAAAGAUAUAGUGAGCCCCAGAGCCCCCCCUUUUUUUUUAUCCAAAUGAAAGCUGAGGGGCAGACCUCAUUCCUGUGUGGGUCCAUCACACUUACCCUGAUCAUCCAAA